AUGUCAUCAAGCUCACAGGGAGCACGUAUCCCCUGCGUCGGAAGAGCUCGAAGUGGCCGGAACACCACCGAAGGCUACGGCUACGAUUCGACCAGGGCCAGGGGAGCUUCGCCGAGCUCAGAUGGGGAUGAUUCGAUGCAACCAGAUGCUGCUGCCGAGCCUGCGAAUGCAGCUGGCAGCGAAGGCUCCUUCUCGAGGUUAACGCAUGCGGCGGAGUUCUAUGCUUCCCAAGCCGCCACACAAGCCGCGGGGCUGUUUAGCUACAAGAAAACUGGAGAUGAGAAGAGUCAGGAGGUCCUUGCUGAUGGCGCAGGACUGCCUGUGAAUGAUGUCGCCGCUACCGAGCCUGCGAAUGCAGCUGGCAGCGAAGGAUCCUUCUCAAGGUUAACGCAUGCGGCAGAGUUCUAUGCUUCCCAAGCCGCCACACAAGCCGCGGGGCUGUUUAGCUACAAGAAAACUGGAGAUGAGAAGAGUCAGGAGCCGAAUGAGCCGGACUCCCCUAAAGCUUCGGAUGCUGCCGAAGCUGCGAAUGCAGCUGCCAGUGAAGGCUCCUUCUCGAGGCUAACGCAUGCGGCGGAGUUCUAUGCUUCCCAAGCCGCCACACAAGCCGCAGGGCUGUUUAGCUACAAGAAAACAGAUGAGGGCCAGGAGGCUGCCGAAAUCCUUGGGUCGGAUGGAUCCUUCGCACGGCUGACGCACGCGGCCGUGGGCCCGUUGUGGCCGACGGAUCUCGCGGCCGCUGCGGGGCUGUUUGCUUCCACUGCUUCCGCUGAGCGCCAGGAGGCGCCUGAGAACAGCCACCCGGGCCAUGAAUCGCCCCUGGCGCAUGCAGCGGAAGUCCUAUUGGCUCCAGACCAGGAGCUGCACCAUGAGGCUUUCGCUGCGGAAGCCGAUGCGGACACCCAUGCGCCGGAUGUCGUUGCCAAGAUUGAGGAGCCAUCCCUUGAAGCAGCUGAGACUUCUGAGACCUAUGAGAAGCCUGCAGCCAAAGACUCGGAGGAAUCGGAUGCGCCUGAGGAAAGAGAGAUCCUCCAGUCGCCAGUGCUGCAGGAGCCACAUGAGCCCCUUCCUGGUGAGGUGAUGGAGGACGUCACUCCAGCGCAGACGACGAUUCUUUCAACCUCCAGCGUUCAGAAAGAUGAGCGAUCCGAAAAAGCCAAAGUCGAAGCCGAGAAAAUUCCCAAGGAGCUGGAAGUGUCAUGCGAAGCACCUACAGCUGCUCCCGCGUCCCCGUCCGCUGACGCGACGACGUCCUUCACGCGCUUGACGCACGCGGCGGAGUUUUAUGCGGCGCAAGCGGCGACACAUGCCGCGGAGUUUUUUUUAUACAAGAAAGAUGAGAAGAGCGGUCCGGGCAGCCCGGAGACGCCUGCAGCACCAGCACAAGCCGCUGAAACAAGUGCAGAAGAUGUCACGGAGGGCUCCUUCUCGCGCAUGACCAAUGCGGCGGGGGCGCUGGCGUCGCAAGCGGCCACACAAGCGGCGGAGUUCUUUGGAAAAUCCGAGGACGCUCAAGGCGGGCGAAAGCGCGCAGGGCAGAGGCGGCAACUUUUCGGAUCGGGCUUGGAAUCUCUUCACAUCUCCGAAGGAGUCGAGCGAUGCAGGUUGGAUCGCCGAUCUGAAGCCUUGGAAGCCUUGGAUAAUCCUUGGAGAACUAGGUCUCUUCAUGUGGCCCGCCAUCAACUGGGUGCGCAUAAGGUGUUCGCCAGAUGCCGAACGUUGCUGGCCUUGGAAGAGAUCAAGGGAAAGCUUAGGUGUUGGCGCUGCGGUCAGGAGAUCCUGGCCGAACUGGAUGCCGUGGAAGCUCAUGAGGAGUUUUGCAGCCGACCCAUGCAGCAGUUGCUGGAAGCAGCGGAUCUGCUGGCAGGCGACGCCCCAGAGAGCCUUGAUCCUCCAGGGAGCGAGGUGAAAGCAGAGGCUGCAGAGGCAGCAGGUGAUGCUGAUGCCCCUCCUUCAUCGACUUCACCGUCCUCGUUAUUGGCUUGGACGACUCCAGGAGUCAAUGCCCUGGUGGGACUGAAAGAAUCGGUCAAGGACACCUCCAGCCACAUGGUCCAUCGCGCGUACCGCGCGGCGGGCUCGCUGGGAGGCAGCAAGCAGGAGGGCGAGGUUCAGAAGCCCUUAACGCCCGAUCUGGAUCCGGUGCAGGUCUAUGGUCGCAUCGAGGAUACUGUUGAGACCUUGGUUUUGCUGGUCUUGGAGCCGGUACUGAAGGGCAUCCCAUCCUUGGGCAUUCUGCCGGUGAGGAUCGAAGCGCGACGUUCGGUGGGUGAGCACGGCAGCCCCCAAGCGGCGGUCAAAGCACUGCUGGCCAAGGCGGAGGCCGAAGAUGCCGAGAGUGGCAUGUCGCAGCGCUUCAUCCGCAAGGUUUCGGAAUUGCUGGUCAUGCGCUUCCUUCCUGUGGUAGGUGCUGGUGCCUUUCUCAGUUACACCAUCUACGCGCGCCUUCGACUGGCCGCGCUGGUGGCGGAGAUGAACGGUCAUGACUCGGAAGAUCCGGAAGUACAGGGCCUCCUCUUCUUCAGCAUUUUGCCCGGCGGCGAAACCCACCCCGACGUCGAUCAGUCGCCGCCAGCGACGCUGGAGACACCGGGAGGC